AUGGCCGAGUUCGAAGAGAAUGCAUCAGCGAUCCAGGAGAGAAUGAAGUUGAACAAUUUCUUAACUCGGAAGGAGAACAUCAAACACGGAACCAGCAUCAGGCGGAUGGAUCACAUAUUAAAAACAAAUAACAUACUUACCUUCAUGUGGACGUGGGUAGACAUGUUGUUCAGUGUCACGUUGUUUCCAUUCACAUUUUUGUUCGUCUGCAUUUUAUUGCCGUGUGUUCGACUAUGCACUUGUGGUCUCAAUGCGAUAGUUCGUUUUUAUCAUUAUGUAAAAACGAAUGACCCAAAAACUCAUUCAAUGGAAAAAAUGACUGGCAACGAAUUUUUCUGGUUAGCACCGAGCGACAAUGAAAGAACACAUUUUUUAAAUGUCAGGAUAUCCAGCAACACGGUGGUAGCCAUAACAAUUCAGAUGGUACAAAAAGCGUCAGAUCCUAUUCUGAAUUAUGAAACGUUUAAAGAAAUACUUCUGGAAAGGGUCGUAUACUUUAUGAAAGAAGAUUCCAAUAAACAUGUUUUUCCAAGGUUUACGAUGAGAAUUAGGAAUUUGCCGUUUGGAAAGAUGUGGAUUAAAGCAAAUAAUUUCAACAUCAAUGAUCACGUUUUUGAGGUAUUUUAA